UUCAAGUCAUUUUAAUGUAAGCUAUGGUUUUAAUAGAUCGUAAAUAAAUUUGAAAUUAUGUCUAAAAUAAUAUAUUUUUGUAUUGUUUGUGUUGUUUUUGUAAAUGCUCAAAAAAUUAGUUAUGAAGGCUACAGAUUAUACCAAGUUUUACCGACAACAGAUGGACAAGUAAAAAGUCUUGAAACGAUAAAAAAAAAUGGCUUUGCAACGUUUUGGGAGGAGAUUUUUAAUGUGAACAGUGACGUCAAAGCAAUGGUGUCUCGAGAGAAUGAGAAAGAAUUUUUGGAGAUAACAAAAAAUGAACAUUUAAAACCGAAAAUUAUAAUCGAAAAUUUGCAAAGAGCUAUUGAAGACCAGCUAAAACCGGCAUUAUUGGACAGCAGAGAUUCUUCGUCAUUCCACUCUCUUACAUGGAACUCCUACCAUACAUUAGAAGAAAUUUACACAUGGUUAGACGAACUAGUAACAGCCUAUCCAGACAUAGUAUCACCAAUAACAAUAGGGUCUUCAUUUGAAAAUAGACCAAUAAGAGGCAUUAUAAUAAAUUAUCAUCCAGAAAUUACAUAUACUAGCGUUGGUAUAUUAGAAAGUACAAUACAUGCUAGAGAAUGGAUAGCACCAGCCGCCGUAACUUGGAUUAUUAAAGAGUUUUUGACAAGCACUGAUCCAGAAAUUAGAGAAUUGGCAGAAGGUUAUGAGUGGCAUAUAUUCCCUGUUGUUAAUCCAGAUGGCUAUGCUUAUACAUUUACUACUAAUAGAAUGUGGAGAAAGAAUCGUAACGUGUCAUACUUCACUUCAUGCAAUACUACAGGAGUUCUUGAUGACAUGAGCAAUGGCGUUGAUCUGAACAGGAAUUUUGACUUCGUUUGGAACACGGCUGGCACCUCCCCUGAUCCCUGCAGUAAUACGUAUCCAGGUCCAACAGCGUUCUCUGAACCCGAAACAAGGGCUAUAGCGCAAUAUGUACGAAAUGUGAACGAGAGGGCAAACAUUGCUUAUUAUCUUGCAUUCCAUUCAUACACACAACUCGUAAUCCUUCCCUACAGUCACAUUAAUGGAUUUAAUGCUUUGAUGGCGACUAACUAUGCAGAUAUGUACGAAAUUGGAAUAAGAGGCGCUGAUAGAAUACAAAACAGAUUUGGUACUAAUUAUCGGGUUGGCGUCUCCAUGGAUGUGAUGUAUGCAAUGAGUGGCACAAGUUUCGAUUGGGUGAAAUACACGACGCAAGUACCAAUCGCUUACCUUCUCGAGCUUAGAGAUUUGGGCGAAUACGGCUUCCUUCUGCCCCCACAGCAGAUCAUCCCCACAGGUUUGGAAACCAUGGAUUUUCUCGUUGAAAUGAAUAAGAAUGCCAAAGGCAUGGGUUACAAUGUUUGGCUCAUGUCCUCAGCUAGUAUUGUUCACGUUAAUGUAUUAUUCACUAUUUGUAUUGUGUUAGGGAUGUUGUUUUAAUAAAUGUUUUUAAGUGUUAUGAUUA